AUGCAGGAUCCCAGUGGGGACAAGGGUUUCAGAGCAGGUGAUGAAGAAGAAGGGGAUGAUGGGCAGCACACAUCCAGAACUCCUAAUAUCGAAGCUAGCUCACAGUGUGAUGAAGCAGAUGAUCAUGGUAACUCCCCUCAUGAAAGCGAUCCACAAGACUCUGGUAGCCAAGUUGUAUCAGGUAGCCUAGACUCAAGGAGCCCUGAGGAGGCAAGAGUGGUGGUGGAGGAAGAAGCAAUAGCUCCACAGGAUGACCAGGCAGCAAAUAUCCCGGGACCCAGCGGAGAUGCUACAACAACAGCUGGAAGUCGACUCUUGGAGUUUUCUGUAACCGUGCCAUUCCGGACUGCUUUAGAAGCAAAUAUAGCAUGCGCAUCCCUGGCAUCAAGUGUCCAAUACCAGCAAGUGAUGAUUCAGCAGGAGUUUACAGUGGAAGACAAUAUUCUGACUGUUAGGUGGACCACCGAUGAUCCUAUUAUCUUCCGAACAUCCAUCAAUGCCUUCCUUGACCAUCUCUCCCUGGUGAUGAGGAACAUCCAACGCCCAGUAUUUAUGGCUAUUGUCAAACAAAGAAGACAGAAUAAUGAACCCUAA